CAUCUUUUGAUAAUUGUUGGGGACCCCCUUCAGGGUUACAUUUCUGACUCUACAGGACAUAUGUGUGCACCCAUUGGCUAUAUAGGACUACACUACAGAUAGAGGGCGAGUGAAGACUCUCCUGGGGGAUGACGGACCUGGAGGCAUCGACAGUGGGGGAACCCCCUCCCCCAUAUAUGAUCUUCCUCCUGGUCUUCUUCUUCUUCAUCACGGGCCUCCUGGGCUUCCUGGUCUGCCACCUGCUGAAGAAGAAGGGCUACCGCUGCAGGACUGGGGAGGAGGAGGACGAUGAAGAGUGUGAGCAGAAACUGGGACCAGACAAGAAGGGUAGGUAUCUACAAGGAUCUGUCAGAAUGCGUUUUAUAUAUAUUGGCGUUUUGAUCUGGUCAUUGAUGUCAGGGUCAGGGAUAUGGCUUAGAGAAGUUAACAAGUGUCCAUGAUUGAUUUUCUAAGGCAGAUACAUGUGGUAUGUGUGACGUUUUUCUGACAUCUGUCCUUUUUUUUGGUAUUUUACCCCCUUUUUCUCCCCAAUUUUGUGGUAUCCAAUUGGUAGUUACAGUCUUGUCCCAUCGCUGCAACUCCCGUACGGACACGGGAGAGGCGAAGAUCGAGAGUCGUGCGUCGUCCGAAACACAACCCAACCGAGCCGCACUGCUUCUUGACACAGUGCCCGCUUAACCCGGAAGCCAGCCGCACCAAUGUGUCGGAGGAAACACCGUACACCUGGCGACCGAGUCAGCGUGCACUGCACCCGGCCCGCCACAGGAGUCGCUAGUGCGCGAUGGGACAAGAACAUCCCUGCCGGCCAAACCCUCCCCUAACCUGGACGACGCUGGGCCAAUUGUGCGCCACCCCAUGGGUCUCCCGGUCGUGGCUGUGACAGAGCCUGGACUCGAACAAGGAUCUCUAGUGGCACAGCUAGCACUGCGAUGCAGUGCCUUAGACCACUGCGUCACUCGGGAGGCCGACAUGUCUGUCUUUAUCCAAAGGCCCUUGGCCGUUUGCCAAACAGGAAACGGUACUCUUCAGGUUAGAGGAUGUUAAUUCAGCUUGAAUUAAAUUCAGUCCAAUGUAAACACUGGACACUCACGAAGAAUUCAUAUUUUCCAUAUUGAAUUUGUGUUUAUUUAAUGGGUACUUGAAAACCAUGGGCCUCAGUGGAAAUAAACGACUUUAAAGAAAGUAGAAUCUCUUGAAAGCAUACAAACAAACAGAAAUAUGCUCCUUUCAUUGAAGUGAGGAAAAACGGUCUAGGUCAAUAACUUUGAGAAUUUCCUUUAAUAAUCUUGAAUGAUGAUGGAGCAAGCUUGGGGGCAAGCUGCUUCAUCAGACAAUCUUUCAUAUAUUACAGAUGAUGAAGAAGAGGACAAUCAAGACACCGUUGAACAAAUCCUGAAGUGCAUCAUUGAAAAUGAAGGCAAUAACUCAGGACACAACACAAUAGAUACUACAUUUUUGUCAAUACCUUUGGCACUUCAAUACUGCAAUUUAAAUUAUGCUUAGCAAAAGUGUGUAAUUUUUGUGUUCUGCCUUCUAGCUAACAUGGAAGCCUUCAAGGAUAUGCUAGGAAAACAGGAUAUAUGUCAACAUCAUGAUCCUAGGUACGUAUUGCUAAUAUCAACUUUUUUUUCCUUAGUUAUUAUGUUUAUUUAUGUAAGUAGAUUUACAUUCACCUUGUCUUACUCCAGUGUGUUAUUAUCACCCUUGGUGAAAGUCUUUUAGUGCAGAGCAAAGGUAAACAAGCACCAUACUUUCUUAAGAGCACCAACUCCUCUCAAGUAAUAUACUCCUAGUUUAUUUUUCUCUAGAACAAACCAGUGUUUGUGUGGUACAUAAUGCAUAUGGUUUAAAUGCAGGUCUCCUGUACUGUACUACAGGGUUUCCCCCUGCUUUAGGCUGUUGGGUUUUCAGAGAGGCCACAAUAAUGGGUGUAGUCUACAUUUCAGUGUACCUGUGGCAGUCAGGCAGAGCCUGGAGAAAGUCAUUGUAUUGUGUGGCUUGUAAUUAUGGGACUAGUGGGUAGCUAUGGAGUGGGGCGCCCAUCCCCUCUGUUCCUGCGCUGUGCAGUGUGUCCUUGGGCUGUCUUUCCCAUGGGGCCACCUGGCUUACUGUUGUCCUGGCCUCAGCAGCUCUGUUAUGGGAUCUAGGCCCAUAACCACAAAGUGUCUCAGAGUAGGAGUUCAGAUCUAGGAUCUGUCCAUACAAUCUUAUUUAUUAACUUAAACUCAUACUCUGAGACUCUUUGUGGAUACAUGACCUGAUCUUUACUGCCUUGUUGUGAGGCAAACAGACAAGUAGUCUCUAUUAUUAUUACUUAGUCCUACAUAGUAUGCUACUACUACUGUACUCUAACAACGUGCUUCUCCUCACAUUCAUAUAAACAUUGUAGGUAGAGAUGAUCGAGGGCAUUCUAGAGAAACAGACCCAGUGUUGUGCUGUGAUAAUAUAACUGUGAUGUGCUACUAGCAUAUUGGAGAGAUUUAUGCUUCUUAAUUAGAGCCAUGUUCUUACUUGGCACCUCUAGGGUGAGGGUUUUAGUGUUCUUGUCUGUUUACCAAGAUAAUGCUCUCAGGCUGACAGCAGCCUACAGGGCCGUGGCAUUCUUUGGUAUUCUUCCCACACUCUCCUCUCUCAGCCAGCUACAGCAUCAGUACAGCUACAGUACUCCUCAGAGAUGCUGCAGUCCUGAUGGGUGGGAGGUCACAGACAGAGGCGGUCAGAGAGGGGAACAGAGGGACUAAUGGAUCACACUAGAGACUCAUAUUUCACAGGAAGACUCCAAUAAAUAUGCUACUAUAAACCAGAUGUUUAUAAAAUGGCUUUAGAUGCUUACAAAGAUGUCUUUGGAUGUUUUUGCUUAGUCAUGAUCUAGAGCGUUUCCCAGAUUUGCUCCUCGGGAGUCUGGGAUCAGCUGUGUAUUUGAAUCAGCUGUGUAGUGCUAGGGCAAAAACCAAAAUGUGCGCAGUGCACCCCUUGGGGUCCCCAGGACCAAGUUUGGAAAACGCUGGUCUAGGGUGUUUGAAUGGAAAAUAAACAUGUCUGACUGAAUGGGUACUUCAUUGUCUUUCCGAAAGGUUACUACGCAAAGAUAGCCUGGGGGGAAUUCCACCUCAUCACCACACAGUGCACUCUGGCGCCCAGCUCGACCACAAGUCCUGCACGCUCUGUGUGCAAGGGCGGUCCAAGAAGGCCAGGCGCCGGAGCCGUGUGCCUCGGACCAAUAAGCCAAGAACGCCAGGAGAGAGGAGAGAGUCCAUUGUGUUCGCUGUGGGAAGGUGAGUCACAUUGGACGGGUGUUUGACAACACAAUACAUUCAUCUUCAUUUAUUUCAUAUUUCUUUGCCAGGUAAAUCAUUACAAACACAUUUCUCUCUAGUCACACUACUUCGUGUUUUCUAACAGGAUUGUGAUUGUGUGGUGAUGUACAGUACUAUCUGAGGUCUGUAUACCUACAGGUUCCGAGUCACCCACAUGGACAAGAAGGAUCAGGGGUCUGGCGACCAGUUGGACCAAUCGGAGGCCCUGGAUAGUGAGAAGGGGGAUGAGGAGGACCCCCAGAGGAAGGAGGGGUACAACCUGCAGAGCAUGUUCAAAGAUGUCAAAACGGAGAGCACAAACGGUGUGGUGGCCACCGCGGCCAAGCGGAAGAAGAGUCUAGUUCUGUUCUCGCUGCGCAGAGGCAGUGAUCCAGUGGGGGUCAAAGUGCCACUGAGCCAGCCUGUGGUGGAAGAGGAACCCCUCUUCAAUGCUCCGUUGAAGACUGCUCCAGUGCAGACCUCCAACCCUGUGAAGACCCUGUCGUCCCAGCCCAGCCUGGGCUCUGGUGCACCUGACGACACUGAGAUGGCCCAUGUUAAGAUGUCCCCCACUAGGGUCACUUUUAUAGUGUCCCCCACAGUGGCUCCCGAACCGGUCUCUCCCAACAUGAGUCCAGCAGGAGUUUCCCCCCUAACGCCCCCGGUACAAGAUUCCCCCAUCACCACCCCAGUACAAGUCACCCCCAUGACCCCUGAAAUAUUCCCCCUUACCCCAGGCUCCCCUACUAACCCUGUCCCUAGCCCCUUUAAUGUCUCCCCUGCCACAACCCCUGUACAAGCCUCCCCUACCACUACCCCUGUACAAGCCUCCCCUACCACUACCCCUGUACAAGCCUCCCUUACCACUACCCCUGUACAAGCCUCCCUUACCACUACCCCCCUUUACAAUGCCUCCCUUACACACCCGUACAAGCCUCCCCACCACUACCACCCCGCCUUACAUCUCUCCCUGCCCUGUCCUCCAGAAUAGUGUCCCCCUCCCCUCCUCUUACAUCUCUCCCCUGCCCUGUCCUCCAGAAUAGUGUCCCCCUCCCCUACCUCCUUACAUCUCUCCCCUGCCCUGUCCUCCAGAAAAGUGUCCUCCAACACUACACCUUUAAAUCUCUCCCCCACCCCUACAUCCAUACAAGUCUCCCCUGCCCUGUCCUCUAGAAAAGCCUCCCCUGCCCUGUCCUCCAGAAAUGUCUCCCCUGCCCUGUCCUCCAGAAAUGUCUCCCCUGCCCUGUCCUCCAGAAAUGUCUCCCCUGCCCUGUCCUCCAGAAAUGUCUCCCCUGCCCUGUCCUCCAGAAAUGUCUCCCCUGCCCUGUCCUCCAGAAAUGUCUCCCCUGCCCUGUCCUCCAGAAAUUCUCCCCUGCCCUGUCCUCCAGGAAAGUCUCCCCUGCCCUGUCCUCCAGAAAAGUCUCCCCUACCCCUUUAAAGGGCUACACUGCCCCUACCCCCUUAAUGGUGUCCCCUAUAGCUCCUCAUAGCAUUCUAAGGAAUGCUACUACUUUUGUCAAGGUGGACGAAACCUCACCUUCCUCCUCUCCCUUCACAACCUCAGCCACAGCCACCUCGAAAGGGCCAGAACACAAGACAGACAGCCUUGCUAUUGUCAACGCCGACAAAGUCUCUCCCACUGCGGCCCCUGUGAAAGUCUCCCCCAUCAUUGACCACAUGAAAGUCUCUGCCACCAUGACUCCAAUAAAAGUCUCCCCCUCCAGCGGAUGCCCUCUAGAGAUCAAGCUGGAGGUGGGGAGUGUUGCCAUAGUCAAAGCCAGCCCGGACAGUCAGAGGGAAGUCUCUGUGGUGUGUAUGGCUGAGGUAGUGAAGGGGGAGGAGGAGCCUGCUGUGGCUCAGAGCCCCCCAGAGGAGGAGAAGGAGGACGAGGUGGAGAUGGAGGACAUAAAGGACUGUCGG